AUCAACCGUGCAUCCAGAACGGUCCUGUCCAAUUCAAUACCCGCUUCAGUCCGGACGCGUCCCACAUUUUUUUCUUCCUAUAAAUUCGCCAAGUUGGCACCCAACAUUCCAUAUUUUUCACGCUCUUUUUUCGUAUUUCUCGUAUUCUAUUUCGCUAUGGCCUUCACCUACUUUGUCCUCCUGGACCUUUUCUGUGCAGUUACCACUCUUCUCAUCAUCCGACGCAUUCUUCAACCCAGGCCCUCUGCUCCUCUUCCCCCCGGUCCAGCUGGUCUGCCACUUGUGGGAAAUAUCCUUGACAUGCCUAUGGACAAUGAUUGGCUCACUUUUGCCAAGUGGGGUGAAAUAUAUGGCGAUAUUUCCUCCGUCACUGUCCUUGGCCAGACGAUGAUCAUUUUGAACUCUGCCCGCGCGGCUGUCGAUAUGCUUGACAAGAAGAGUGCGAUCUACUCUGACCGGCCUACCCUUCAAAUGGGAGGCGAACUUGUCGGCUGGAAGAACACUCUUGUUCUGCUGCCCUAUGGCGACCGGUUCCGCCGCUACCGCAGAAUAUUUUACAGCCUUAUCGGCUCUCAGGCGACAAUGAAACGGUACCAUCCACCUCAAGAACUGGAGACGCGCCGUUUCCUUCGUCGGGUCCUUUCCAAGCCUGAAGAACUUGCUGCUCAUGUUCGCAAAACUGCCGGAGCCGUCGUUUUGCGCAUCUCUCACGGAUAUGAAGUCAAAGAGAACGAUGAUCCAUUCGUCCGACUUGCAGAUCAAGCCACCGAGCAAUUUUCGGCUGCAACUAAAGCUGGAGCCUUCAUCGUGGACCUGGUUCCUGCUCUUCGGCAUGUACCUGAUUGGUUCCCCGGCGCGGGAUUCAAACAGAAAAGUAAAGCUUGGGGGGCCACGCUUCAGGAAAUGGUUGAACAGCCACACAAUUUUGUCAAGCAACAAGUCGCUGCUGGAACGGCUGUUCUCUCCUUCACUUCUUCGAUGCUGGAAAGCAAACGUCUAAGCGCCGAAGAGGAAUUCGAUCUUAAAUGGUCUUCUGCGUCUCUAUACAGCGGUGCCGCUGACACUACCGUGUCUUCGAUAUACGCGUUAUUCUUAGCGAUGGCCUUGUUUCCUGAUGUUGCCAAAAAAGCUCAAGCGGAAAUCGAUGCCGUCGUAGGCAAUGACAGGUUGCCUACAUUCGCCGACCGUGAACAUCUUCCUUACGUCGAUGCUCUCGCCAAGGAGGUUUUACGAUGGAACACCGUCGUCCCUACAGGUGUCCCGCAUCGUGUAAUGCAAGAUGACAUCCACACAGACAGCAAGGGAAAUACUUAUUUCAUACCAAAAGGCGCUCUCGUCGUCGCAAAUAUCUGGAAACUGACCCACGAUUCGAAGACGUACACGAACCCAAUGGAAUUCAACCCGGACCGGUUCAUUCCCUCCGAGAGUAGAAAGGCGGAGCCUGACCCUGGCCAGUUAUGUUUCGGUUUCGGUAGACGCAUCUGUCCAGGAUUACACCUCGCCGACGCAUCGAUUUUCAUAUCGUGUGCGAUGUCCCUGGCAGUGUUUGAUAUAUCCAAAUGCGUCGAAAAUGGCGUCGUAGUUGAACCUCUUCAUGAACAGACUUCGGGGACGAUAAGCCACCCAAAACCCUUCAAAUGCGACAUCAAACCGCGUUCUCACAAAGCAAUUUCUCUUAUUCAAGCCGAUGAGAUGAUGUAGUUGAUCUCCUAACAGUCGUUAUUUAUCUUGGAAGAACGAUGUACAACUGAAUUAUUUCGUAUCUUGUCCUUGUUUUUAUAACAUUCAUUAUUGUUCGAUAUCUUAUGUAUUUAUUGGCCGGUUUUCACAAUGUGCGGUAUUUAACAAUGUAUUACAGCCAUUCUCGAUUUAUGCAGCUAGCGAAUG